CUCGCCGCGUCAGAGAGCCAUCUUUGUCCACCUAAUCCAGGCGGCUGUUUAUUACACCCUCAUUACUGCACGGACUCUGACAGCGCCAGGCUCUAGUAUAAUAGCCCGCAGGUGCCGCAUCGCCUUAGAAAUAUCGAGAGUAAAAGGGGUGGUUUAGCGAGAGGACACAUCUCAGAGGCAGAUACAAGCCAGUGCUCCUCCUAGGCUAUAUAGGCAGGGAAACGCCACAGUAACUAGCUGAAGGGUGCCAGAGGGGAGAGAGGAUCACAGAAGGCAAUCCACAUCCGUCUGCCAACCGCUUGGUACGCGCUAACAUCCCCAGUCCGGAUUUCAGUCCAGCUGUCUAGUCAAUAAUACCAAGAAAAUGUCUGCCCCUGCCACUGGAGCCCCUGCACCAGAAGGAGGCAAUCAGCCCCCUCCCAACCUCACCAGCAACCGCCGUCUGCAGCAGACACAGGCACAGGUGGAUGAGGUGGUGGAUAUCAUGCGUGUUAAUGUGGAUAAGGUUCUGGAGCGUGAUCAGAAGCUGUCAGAACUGGAUGACAGGGCCGAUGCCCUGCAGGCUGGAGCCUCUCAGUUUGAGACCAGUGCUGCAAAACUGAAAAAUAAAUACUGGUGGAAAAAUGCCAAGAUGAUGAUUAUCCUGGGUGUGAUAUGCGUUAUUGUCCUCAUCGUCAUUAUCGUGUACUUCAGCACCUAAGAAGAGUUGCUCCUACCCCAGUCUGAUCUCAACUUCCCUACUACAGAAAAAAACCCUUCAAAUUGAUGACAAAACUAGCCACAGAUAAUUAAUUUAUUCUUUAUAUCUCCCUGAUUAGCCUUGAUAUAACACCCCUAAAUCCUUCAGGGCCCCAUUGCUCCCCCAUUUCCACCACCUCGCCUCUGGACCCCCUGUCAAUAUUUGUCCUGUGCGUGUGUGGCCCUGUUUCCUUUCUGGGUACUCUUGGCUUUUCUAACCUGCCAUACUGAGAACCAAACACUUGUGACAAUGCAACAACAGAAAAGGAAACAACAAUUGGCGAUAAUUGUUACAUACCUGAUAUAUAUAGGUCUUUGUAGAGUUUUAUUCUGAUAUAUACUGUUUUGUAGGUGUGUGUGCGUGUGUGUGUGCAUUUUGUAGUUUUUUAAUUUUUGUAUUAAUUUCACGUAUGCUUCAUCGUUAACUACUGCCUAUUAAUCAAAGUGUGUGUCUUGCAUGUUCUCAUCAUCUGUCCGUCCCGUGCUUACUCUCUCUUUUUUGUGUAUUUUUGCACAGUGGAGUCAGUCUCCAUUUCACACAUGAAAUGCAAACUGAUUGAUCCAUUCGGUUAGUCCAACAUAUGUAAGAGGACUAAUGGUUUUAAAAAUAUAUCAAGUUACAAAAAUGGGAGCUAUUCCACAGACAAAACUGCCCUUACACAUUCCCCAGGUUACUGCUCGUUCAGCUCCAGAUUUCUCUAACUUGAUGCUGUCAAAAAUUUAAGUCUUAGCUUUCUUUGUAGGUUUUUCUGCGAGAGUUAAUGCUCACCAGUAUUGAUCGACCUUACAAAUAAUGCAUGUAUUGUUAAAGCAAUCUCGAUUAUUCAUCAUUUCCAGUCCUUUCCAUCAGAUCCUCUCACAAUCUGUCAUUUCUCCCUUUAACAACUUUCAUCUGAGGUCUCUGUAAUGCCGCAGCCCUCUUGAGUGUCUCAGCAUGCUUGAACACUUCUGGUAAUUUCAAUACUGCCAUAGUACAGUUGGACCAAUGUCUGUAGAUGUUUUUUUUUUUUUUUUUAAAUAUUAUGUAGUGUCUUAUUUCGAAAACAUUCCUUCAUUGCAGACUAGUGCAGAUGCUCUUACUGUAGCACAUGUAAGUGUAAGUAUCUUUAAAAAAAUACAUGCAUGAAACUUGUGUCAAGAAAAUCGGUCAUACAAACCAUAGGAGAAAAUAUAGUUAGUAGCUGUAAGGGUAAAUUUUGGUUAGACAGGAUUAGACUUUCAAUCAGUUCAAAUUGUUUUUUGUAAUAUUAAUGAUUAUACCUAGAGUAUAAUGUGGAGACGUCAACAAUGUCAAACUGUAGAUAUGGGCUUGCCAUGCCAUGCCAGAGGAUACAAUUGUUAUUACAUUUAUUGCAUAAAUUAACAAUUGAUUAAUUUGCAUAAAGGUUGACUCUCACUGGCCACUUACUUACAUGGACACUGAAAAAGCCUUAGUCUCCAGUCUCUUCUGUUAGUUAGUGUAGAGUAUUUCCAGUCAAACACACCCGCACACUUUGAGUUUGUGUAGAGGGAGUGGCUGACCACAGUUUAAAAUGCACAAACAACCUUGUUUUUCAUGGCACUGUCUGGCUGGUUAAUAGCCCGGCCAGAGAAGUUCCUCCUGCAGCAAAACCUCUCUGCGUGAAGAGCACAUAAAAAAGAGACAGUUCAGCCUUAUUUGAAAAUGCAAGAAAAGAGGCUAAUGAGUAAAAUGUCAAAUUCACCGCUGAGAUUUAGUUCAGCAGUCUGUUAACUCUGGGGCAUGUUAGUAACAAGAAACAUGAGAAGCAGUUAUUUAAAAAAACAGUAGCAUUCCUAAAAAGAGUGUUUUGCUAGAAGAGUGGUUCUGUCUCAGUGUCUCUCCCAGUAGUUCAGGCCUUUUUCUUUUCUUUUUUUUUUUUUUACAAAAUAGAUUCUAUUUUUUAUUAUAGUAUAUUUUUGUGUGAACCAGACAGGUAAAGAGGAGGUUUACAAACAGUACCAUUUACUACAAACAGCAGUAAGCUCCUCUUUACCUUUGUCUACUGUGGUUUUUGUAAUUCAGCUCUGUGCAUUAUACACUGCCAAGCAACAAGGGAGCGGCUUCUGUUGUUAUUGCAGUUUUUUCUUUCAUUGGUGCCCUCACUGGUUUGAUUUAGAACUUUUACAUCCCCUUUUUUGGCAUAUACUCCCAUGUACACUACCGUUUUGAGUACAUUAUGAGCAGGAGAGCAGGGCAAUUUGAUGCACUUGGUUUUUAAUCCUCUGUCAAACUAAGGCCUUGUACACAUGAACAUGCGAUGACAUAAACCAAACAUUCAGAUUAGGAGAGGGAUUUUUAGGGCUUUUAACUACACAUGGUUGUUAUUUACAGGGUUUUGCUUGUGGUUGUAGUAAAUCUAAGCUUUGAAAUAGUUGCAGUCUAUCAUGAACUGUAUGUUUAUUGAAAGGGAGAAUUCUUAAGUGUGCGAGCCUACAACAUAUAAGCAGGAAGUCAGCUCCUGCUUUGCUGCCACUGACAUUAUUGUUAAUGAUCCUGAAAAGUAUGAGCUGAGCUGUCAGAUCUUAUAGUCAUCUACAGUCAAUAUAAAGACCACAAAAACACCUACAAUAUUCUAAGCCAAGUGUGUGUAAAGCCUUAGUAGCCUUGUCUUUCUGCAACAUGAAUUUUUAUCUUCCCCGCCAGCUGAGUAGGCCAACCUGCCACCCUUUGCUGUACUCACUGACUCAGAAUCCAGUGUGUGUGUGUGUGUGUGUGUGUGUGUGUGGUUGGGGGGGUGAGUGCAGGUGCAACUUUGUAUGUUACUAUGUGUGUGUUAGAAUAGCUCUCUUGGUAAUAUCCCCAGUUCAUCCCAACAGAUUGGGCUGCUUAAAUCUCAGAGUGUGGGCAUGUUGUUUCUUUGACCACUGAAGUACACAAGCAGAAAGGUUACAGAUCUGCCAGCCACUUCUAUUAUGAAGGACCCCAACCUUAACAAAUCCACUCCACCUCCGACAGCCCCUACAUGUUUUUCUCUAAAUAGAACAAAACUGCAGAAGAUUACCAAAGACCAGAUUUCUAUGCUUAUGCUGCCAAUUGCCAUCAAAAACAAAUAGAGAGGAACAGGCUGUCCCAACAACCCUAGUUUGUUUUAAAAGGCUUAGGCUUGUCCUAUCUAGACACGCAUUUACACACUAUUUAUAUGAUGUGUCAGUUUGGCUUGCGGGUGUGCCAUUCUAACAUAUGCAAGUUAAAACUCAAAGAAGAAGACAUGCUUCUAUUUUCAGAUCCAGUUUCCCCCACCACAUGUAUCCAGGUCUGAAGAGCUUCUUUAAGCUGUAACAAGUUUUUAGACACAUGAUCUGAUAACUAAUCAUAGCACAACUCUUUACUUUUCUCUUGCUAUAGUUUUAAACUGAAAAGACAGAACUAAACAACACUACAAACAAACAAAGCAACAAACAAAAGCUAUUAGGCAUAAACCAAGACAACUGUUAAAAAUCUGCAUUGGUUGGUGCCGUAAUAUGGGGAUGUUUUGGGGUGUAGGGGGUUCUAUAUCCUCAGGUUUAAGGUAUUAGCAAUUUACCAAAAUAUAUAAGAGGGCAAGAACUGUAUUAGCAAACUGUAAAAUCUGGUUCUUUUGCCAACAGAAAAGCAUUAUAGGGUUACAAAUGUGGUCCUUUUUAGCCAUACUGGAGGAGUUAACCAUACAGUGGACUGAAGUAAAAUCAAACUACUGACUGGGGUAGGACUUCAAUGUUAUCUAUCAAUUCAGCUGUUGUCCUGUGAGUGCUCAACCAAUUUUGUCACAAUGGUGAAAAUGAAGUGCGUGCUCUCCUUUUCUCGUGCUUUAUCGUCUAUAUGAAAAGAAGCACGCAUAUUAUUUUAAUACCAUGGCACUUUUUCUGUUGUGCUUUGACCAUUUUGGUGGGAUGGGAACAUGAUUCGCUGGAGAAUAUUGUCUUAUGUCAACCACAAGAACUGUUCAGUGAUCUCAGUUUAAAGCUGCGUUCAGGUCAUUUGUAGCGAUGGGAAGUGCAAUGGUGACCGCUUGGAAAAAAGGGUUUAGACCCUCUUCCAGGUUUGAAUUACAACUUGUGAACUCAUAAUUCAAACUUGGAAGGAAACGAACAGAACGAAGGAGACCAACAGAACAAAACACUGCGUCUUGUGAUAUGUACGCAGAGACGAAUGUUCCCAGGCCGUCGCCCCCAAAUGGGAUGAGUGCAGCAACAGGAGGGAACCCUUUGAGCCGCUGAAUGUUCACUGGAUGGCGAUAGAAAUACAAUAUUCUACUUAAUAUAUGUUUUAUUGUUUUAUUUUGAACCAAAUAUUGUGGGGUUUUUUUUUGCAUCAAUUUAUUAAUAACUCCAGAUGUCACUGAAUUGUUUGUAUGUAAGCACUGAAGGGUAAAGGCAAGGAAAAUGGGACGGUAUCAAGAAAAAAGUAGUUUUACCUUCAAUCGUCCAGAACACUUAGAAUGAUCCUACAGUUUACAGAGUGUCAUUUGUAUCUACAAGAUAAAUUUUUUGUUUAAAUCAUUAUUUUUGAGGGAUGAUUUUAAUUUCUCUGUGGGGUUUCUGGGACACAGGCCCAUAUUGCCCCUGUUCAUCUGGCCUUAAAGGAGGGACAGGACUGGAGGAUCAUGGGCAAUGUGCUCAUUUAUAUCAUCUUUCUUUCUUUUCCUUUGCUUUUAUUUAUUGAUAAAUUUAUUGUGCUGUCAUUUGGCAUGGGAUUAGAAAUUAAACAAGGUUGACUCAGUGUAAAGAAGAGGAGGCUGAAUGAAAAACUAAAGUACAUAAAAUAAUUGUAGUGUAAAUCUAUCAAUGUCUUAUUAUAAUGAUGAACAUCAUGAAAUAUAUGUAUAUUGGAAAAACAGUAUCUAUGACAAUGUGUGUGUUUUGUAUGCAUUGUGGGUGUGUAACAAAGGGGAGAUCAAAAUUUUUUCUGCAGUUUUGGGACCUGGGAUCUGACCUGUAUGAACAAGAAUAUGUUUAUUAGGAUAAACCUUUUUUCUAAAUUUAUCCUGAUUAUGUGGAAGUUUCAAAAAUACAUCCACAGUUGCUUCAAACAGUUGUGCUUAGAGUCAGUCCUUAACCUCCACAUCCUGAACUCACAUUAUUACACACAGACUGCAUGUGCACUUAGUCCUAUCUGUCUGUUGCUAAAAAUAUAAUCCCUUCAGAAGAAACAAUGUGUGUUUGCAAGAACAACGAAAUUUAAAUGAUGUUUUCAUUAUCUGCAUGUGACCUACAUGUGUAUCCAGGAUUUACACAUCACUGUAUUAUAGUGCAAACCCUCCAGAGAAGCAUUAACUCUCAUGCAGGUCAUGCAGUGCAUUCAGGCUAAAUACAGUGAUUCCGUGGGUUUAUAAGCUACUAUUCAAUAGGCCACUAUUCUAUAUUAAGUAUUCUAUGCUGUUCAAAUCCAAUUAUAGUAUUUAGGUCACAUAAUCUGAGGUGUCACACAAUGUAGUUUAACACUGGCUGUUUACUAAUACCUUGUGGAUCAGUCAUAAGCCACUCUUAAAACCAGCUAGUGAAUUGUCAGGCUGUGGGAAAUCUUCAUUCAGUAUGACAUGAGAAACGGGGUUCAGAUGAGGAUAAAACUUACGCUGUCACAUUAUCCUAAUCGCCCCACUGUCACGCAAAGUGAAGGGACAUUCUCCUUCUAGAGUUUGUAGUAGGAGUAGUAAUAGUAGUAGCAGUGCUGGUGGUAGAGUCUAUAGUUGUGAAAAAGCAGCAGAUAAAAAUUGUUGUAGUUUUUACAGCCUGUGGUAAAAUGAACCAUCAGUGAGAGUCGCUUCCUGUGACUUUUAUUUUGAAGUACACAAGGUGGGUCCUGUUCAAACCACAUAAGUAGCCUGCAGUAUAACCUGCUCCUUUUUUACUUUAUCUUUAGUUGCUAAUGCAUAUGUUUUCUAUUAAGCUGCGAGUUUAUCCAAAUCUCAAAAAGCUAUUAGACAAGGAAAGAAAGUAAUCCCUAUUAAACUAGAGUUAAAUUAGUCUAAUGCAGGCUUUAACACACAUUGUUAUUUCUGGAAUUAUAAGAUUAUUUGUGAAGUGUAAAAAAACAAAAAGCCCAUAGAAAAUAAUAAAAAAAAAAAAGAAAUGAACCUUCAACACAAGGUUGCUGCACCAACACAGCAGCGCCACUGUCUAUGUUAUAGUUUCAUGUUUUCACCAGCAGGUGUCCCCAUGACAACUAUGGUAUUUAUGUUGUGGACCCACUGAAACAAAAUGUAUGUUGGUGUGUUCAGAGGGAAAUGUGUCACCCAGUUAUCACAGUUGUGCUUCACAUAACGUCUACUUCACCUCAUAAAAAUAUUACAUUCUCAGUAUAUUGAAAUGGCAGUUCAGUUGCCUUGGGAUAUUUAUUUUGUUUGUCUGUUUCUAUGUUUUGUUAAUGUUGUAUGGUUUUAUCUAUGCUUUUAUAAGCGAGGCACCUUGAGCUACCAUGGUGUAUGAAAGUUGGGGUAUAAAUAAAGCUGACUUGACUUGA